GAUAUUUUGGAUCCUUGAUAUCUGUUUUAUAAAACGAAUAAAUUUGUAAAAUGGCCAAAAAAACAUACGACUUGUUAUUCAAACUGCUUCUCAUCGGUGACUCCGGAGUUGGAAAAACGUGCAUAUUGUUUAGGUUCUCAGAUAACCACUUCACAACGACUUUUAUUUCGACGAUAGGUAUCGACUUCAAAAUAAAGACAGUGGAAUUAAGGGGUAAGAAAAUAAAGCUCCAGAUAUGGGACACUGCUGGGCAGGAGCGUUUCCACACCAUCACGACGUCGUAUUACCGCGGCGCUAUGGGCAUCAUGCUCGUAUACGACAUAACAAAUGAAAAAACAUUUGAUGAUAUCGUUAAAUGGUUACGAAAUAUAGACGAGCAUGCAAACGAGGAUGUGGAAAAGAUGAUACUUGGCAAUAAAUGUGAUAUGGAGGAGAAACGUGUUGUCAGCAAGGAGCGCGGUGAAGCAAUAGCCCGCGAGCACGGCAUCCGCUUCAUGGAGACGUCGGCUAAAGCGAACAUAAAUAUAGACAGAGCUUUCUCGGAACUAGCGGAGGCUAUACUCGACAAGACGGCGGGGCGCGAGGCAGACGCCGACCACUCCCGCAUCGCGGUCGAGCGCCGCCCCUCCCGCGCCCCGCCCUCGCGCGCCUGCUGCACAUAGGCACGCACUCGUCAGCACCCACUCGUCAGCACUCACUCGUCAGCACUCACUCGUCAGCAAGAACAAUGG